AUGGGAAAUUGUGAAGAUAUUAUAGAGUUUACUACGCAAUGCAGAGACCUAUUCUUAGCCAAGUCUGUGCCACGAUGUCAGUACCCAGCGCUAGUGAUAUAUCUAUUAGACUUCACUGAUGCAACGAAGAAGACCAAGGCAGUGCUCAUCGAGUUACGAAACUCUGAAACACAUAUGACCAAGCACUACAAGGAUCCUGAACAACACAAUAGAACCAUUAUUGAUAGACUCAGACACCAUCCAGUAAUCUAUCUGUUAGAGAAGUUUCUCAACAUGCGGAACAAGACACUGAACGUAGAGGUGCGCACAGAGCGAUUGCAUAGAACAAUGCAAGUGUUAGAAGAGCGUCACCGCAACUCGAACAUAGAGCCUAUACACACGAAAAUCCUCAAGGCCACAAGAUACCAGGCAUUUACGUACUACGAACAACAGGAGAAAGUGGAUGCCAUCAUCAAAGCAGAUAAACUGCCUGAUGGAAGUGAAGGUCUCUUAUCCGAUAUGAAACACACUGUGUUUCACUCUCUUACUGAAGCAAACGGAAGAGCAGCGCCAAAGAGCGCAAGAGACAACUCGCAGGCAGUCACACACAGCCAGUCUCAGAACGGCAAACCCACCGCGACCAAACGUCACAAACCAGACAACGGUGCACUGAAACAAAUCAAAUCAAUCGGACAACCCCAAGAGAAGAAAGGGGCUCGCGAAGAUCGUGCAUGUCCUUAUUGUAAGGUGAUGCCAGCCCCACAACGUUUCAGUCUAUGUCCCAUGAAGGCAUCGUAUCAGACCAAGCAGGCUGAGGAGCGUGUCAAAAACGAUGUGCAAAUAGCAAGAUUGUCCAAUACAUCCGGCAAGGUAGAAGAUAUCACAGAUGGCGAUGAGCACUGA